AUCCUAAUUUCCUCCCAACAACCAAAACAAAUAUACAAAUGGAGUCUUCAAAGGCCAAAAUAACAACUCUUUUUUUCAUCUUCAUGUUACUCAUUUCUUCACUAACUCCUAUUCUUGGUUGUGGUCAUUGCAAAAAACACAAGAAAAAGCCCAUUAUAAUUAGUCCACCACCUCCAAUAGAGGUACCUACUACUUCUUGCCCAAUUGAUACUAUUAAGCUUGGGGCUUGUGUGGAUCUUCUUGGUGGGCUUGUUCAUAUUGGGCUUGGUAAUCCUGUUGUUAAUGAAUGUUGUCCAAUUAUUGAAGGGCUUGUGGAAAUUGAAGCUGCUGUUUGUCUUUGUACAACUCUUAAGCUUAAGCUUUUGAAUCUUAACCUUUAUGUCCCUUUGGCACUUCAAUUGCUUCUUACUUGUGGAAAGACUCCACCUCCUGGCUACACUUGCUCUUUGUAGAUUUUUUAAGUUAACUAUGCAAUUUCUUGUACUACUUUUUGAUGUAGAAAUAGCGUUUACUAGCCACUUUUCGGUGUUGUUUUUGAAGAAUAGUCAUUGUUAUAAAACUAUGUGUAGAUUUUGAGUUAAGGAUACAAUUUCUUGUACCACUUUUAAGGUAGACAUAGUGUUAUUUGGCAACUUUUCGGUAAUGUCUUUGAAAAAUAGUCAUUAUCGUAAAGCUUUUAAUUUGUAGACUUUGAGUUAAGUAUGAAAUUUCUUGUA